AUGAAUCUCUCUCUUGUCAUUUUUGCCUGUCUAAUUUUAUUCAUUGAACGUCAAUGCCUAGUCACUGCCCAAAACAAUGGUGACGAUAGUUCAAGUCCAUUUCGUUGGUUUAAACCAGACAAUUUUGAUAUUAUUUCACGUAAAAUGGACCAAGCCAAUCCAAAUAAUUGUGAAACAAUGUCUGAAGCAGAUUUACGCUUACCACCAACGUCACUCAGCCAGAUACCACAAUAUAAUGAAAUCCCAAUGAGGCAGUGGUUUACAAAUCGAUCAAAACUGCUACAUCUACACAAUUUAGCAUUAAACCGUGCAUUUUUCUAUAGUUAUAUUUUGCAGAGGCUAGAUCACCCAACCAGAGAUCCCCAGUAUUUACCAUCAUUAAUGUAUUAUUAUCUGUCCUCAUCAGCCGAUAUAUCUUCAGGUCCCAAUGUCAUAAAUAUAAGUGGUGUAUUUAUGGAUACGAACACAACGUACGCAAAUUGGUAUGAACUCAAAGAUAUUAACAAGACCUUACCAUUAUUCGCACCAUUAGCCAGACGGUUAGAUAACUGGAAUGAUGAAAUGAAUUUUUUGAGAAUACCAACUAAUGCUACAAUUGAAAUAACUGAUCUUGGAGCUGGCCCAAAUAAUAAUUAUACAGCAUCAUGGUAUAAAAAUAACCCAUAUAUACGUGAUCGUGAAAUGGGUAUAGACUUUAUUCCUGAUAGACGUGGUACAGCACCUAGUAAAAACCAAUACACUACAAAAAUACAACUUGCAACUAUAAGCGGUGAUCCAAUAGAAAAGUUGGAGAAUACCAAAUUCUAUGGUCCAAAUGCACCAGGUGUUAAAGAAACUUUUCUACCUGUCCGAUUUACUCGUCCUUAUUAUGAUUGUGGGGGAACAAAUCGAUGGAUUGUAAGUUCUGUUGCAGCACUGACAGAUUUUAUGCCACGUUACUCAAAUAUUACCAGACUGCGAGGACCAAGAAUGAUUGGUGUUGUUGUACAAAGUAUGGACUUUUAUCGAAUUGAUUUUAAUCCUUGCCCGCCAGGAUUGGGAAAUCCGAAUCAUUAUUUGGCUGGAAUCGCUCGAUGCAAACCAACAACUUUGUGUGUACCUCUUCCAGGUUUUGGUUUUAAACGAGGUGGUUAUCAAUGUGUUUGUCAACCAGGACAUCGUUUACCAUAUGAACAAAAUGGACCAUUUCGUGGUGUUGAUAUUGAAGCGGCAACUGAAGAAGAAUAUCGUAACAAUUUUGAUUGUAUUCCAGUUGGUUGGCGUGAAGUUAUACCUGAAGAAACUGGUAUGAAAAAUAAUUUAGAAAGAUUUCGUCGUUCAAUAGGUGAACAAACAAGUACAUUAUGGAAUAGAUUAAAAGAUCCAUCGGUUCAUUUAUUGAACAUGAUAUUAACAACAUUUGGAUCAUUCAAGCAGAAUAUCUUCCCAACACCACCAAAAUUAGAUGAAUCACUAUUAAUCAAUGAAAUAUCGGAUAAACCAUUUAAAACAACUAAUUUAGAUGACCAACCAUUAGAUCGUCUUGUUCCUGGAUAUCGAUCAGUCUCACAUUUGCUACCAUUGGAACAAAACGAUUUUAAUUUAACGUAUACGGAAGAUGUUUAUGAAGAUGGAUUUUUUGACAAUGAUACUUAUAUACUUAUCAAUAAACCAAGUAAUAUAGAUAGUAAGGAUCAGUCAAAUAACAUCAAGAAACGUGUACGACGAAAUGUUGAUACACCAUUUUAUACAGUUGGAGUUGGUACAGUAUUUGAUGCAGACAGGUAUUUUGAAGUUCAACGUUUAAUUGCACAUGUACGCAAAGUGACUAGUCAAAAUUGUCAUCUAAUGACAGCGGAUCAAUUAAUUUUACCAGGAGAAGUUAGUUAUGGUGUUGAGAAACAAUUUGAAAUGGUUGGAAGAACAGCUCUACGUUUAUCACAUUUUCUAAGUGCUUAUUAUCAAAAUAAUGUUGUUGGUGAACUUUACGGAAGUUUAAAAACUGGUUUUCCAAUUAAUCGUUUUCAAUUAUUUGGUGAAGUUUUUGCCAAUGUUUUAUCAAAUUUUGAUAUUGUAUCAAGUGGAAUAUUUUUCGAUUAUCAAAUGUUUACUGAUCAUGAUGGUACAACAUGGGAUCUAUUUGCUCCAUAUGCGUAUAAGCCACUCUUGGCAACCCAAGCAGCUGAGGCAAUUGAUAUGAGUAUAAAUGCCUAUCGAGACUAUACAGAAAAACCAUGGUUUCGAACAUUGAAGUCAAGAUGGGCAUCAAGCCGUCAGAGCUUAGAGCGAAUUACAGCGAAACCAUAUAUAAGAAGUGAUGUGAAUGGUAGUCAACUACAACGUUAUUUCACAUUUCCCAUCUAUUAUCGUGUACCACAUUAUGAAGAAGGUUAUUGGACACAACCAUAUUUCGAUUGUGAUGGUCUGAUUUAUGGUGUUGUAACUGCUUCUGUAAAGCUAACAUCAUUGGAUAUAAACCAAUGCCCUCAAUCGUUUUAUACACCAAAUUUCUUUAAAAAUACAGCAAGAUGUGAUUUCCGAAGCACAUAUUGUAAAUUAAUACCAAGACAUUAUUUCACAUCUGGUAGUUAUAAAUGUGAAUGCCGUCAAGGUUUCGAAUAUCCAUUGAACGAUCGUACUUGGUAUUUUCAUGGCGAAAUGAUGGAACGUGAAUAUCAAUUAAUGUUAGCUGGUAAACCUAAUCGUUAUGAAUUAUUACGAUGUCGUCAAGGUGUCGCAAGUGGAUUAUCUAGUUCAUCAGUUGUAAUACUUGUGUCGGUCAACUUUGUAGUGAUUUAUUUGCAUUCAUUAUAA